AUGAUGUUUGCAGGCAGCUGCUAUGUGACUAUCAUGAACCCCACAGUCUGCAGGAGUCUUGUAUUUUGUUCUUGGGUAGCUGGCUUAUUUAUUUUAAUUCCCCCACUUAGCUUCGGACUAAAGCUGGAGUUCUGUGAUUCUAAUAUCAUUGAUCAUUUCAUCUGUGACGCUUUCCCUCUCCUCAAAAUCGCGUGUUCAGGCACGUGGUCCAUGGAGCAGACAGUCCUCAUCUGUGCUGUGUUGACUCUCAUCGUAACACUGGUGUGUGUUGUUCUCUUCUCCGUUUAUAUUAUCAAGACAGUUCUUAGAUUCCCUUCUGCCCAGCAAAAGAGGAAAGCCUUCUCUACCUGCUCUUCCCACAUGAUUGUGGUUUCCAUCACCUACGGCAGCUGCAUCUUCAUCUACAUCAAGCCUUCGGCUAAGGAGGAGGUGGCCAUCAACAAGGGUGUAACAGUUCUCACUACUUCCAUUGCCCCUAUGUUGAACCCUUUCAUCUACACACUUCGGAACAAGCAAGUCAAGCAAGCCUUCUGGGACUCCAUAAAAAGAAUUGUAAUAGUUCCCAAGAAAUAA